AUGUUACGAGAUAGAAUUGUGUGUGGUGUACACUCCGAGAAAGUGAAAGAGAGACUUCUUAGAGACAAUGAACUUACACUCAUCAAAGCAUUAAGCAUAUGUCGUGCAAAUGAAGAAUCACAGAGCAGGAUGAAAGACUUACAACAAGAAGAACAGAUCAGUGUUGUCAAGUGUGACAGAAACAGACAGUCGGUGAAACCGUCUACAGGAAAUAGACAUACAUUCCAAAAAACUACUGGAACCGAAAAAGUCAAAACGGGGAAACUUCGUGUGUGUUUAGAGCCCAGAGAUUUAAACAAAGCGAUCAAGCGGGAACAUUUUCAGUUACCUACUAUUGAAGAAAUUACAUCAAGACUGUCUGGAGCUACUGUGUUCAGUAAACUCGAUGCCAAUAGUGGAUACUGGCAAAUACCCCUCGAUGAAGCUAGUCAACUCCUCACUACGUUUCAUUCACCAUUUGGAAGAUAUUGUUUCUGUCGUAUGCCUUUUGGUAUCAAAAGUGCACAGGAAGUAUUCCAAAAGAGAAUUGCGCAACACUUUGACAAUAUUGAUGGUGUAGAAGUUGACAUUGAUGAUAUACUGCUAUGGGGGAGAAAUGAAGAGGAGCACAAUAGAAGACUCAGAGCAGUGUUACAGCGAUGCCAAGAGAUCAACCUUACUCUAAAUAAGGACAAAUGUAUUUUCAAUCAAUCCGAAAUUCAAUACAUAGGACAUGUGAUUUCGAAAAAUGGAGUGAGACCUGAUCCUACGAAAAUAGAAGCCAUUCUUAAAAUGCCACCUCCAACUGACAAGAAAGGAGUCGAACGUCUUUUAGGAACUGUGAACUAUCUUGCCAAAUUUGUUCCUAAUAUGUCAGCGAUUAACGAGCCUAUCAGAUCUUUACUCAGGAGUGAUGUGUUGUUUACAUGGGAAAAACCUCAACAGGAUGCAUUCGAAGCUAUCAAAGACAUUUUAUCUCGUGAACCAAUUCUGACUUUCUUCGAUGUUAAAAAACCAGUAUGUGUUAGUGUUGAUGCUUCAAAGUGUGGUUUAGGUGCUGUGAUCACUCAAGAUGAAAGACCAAUUGCAUAUGCAUCUAGAUCAUUGACAGAGACUGAGAAGCGAUAUGCACAAAUCGAAAAAGAACUGUUAGCUGUUACAUUCGGUUUAGAGAGAUUCCACCAGUAUACCUAUGGUGUCAAUGUCAUUGUUGAGAAUGAUCACAAACCAUUGGAAAAUAUUCUAAGGAAAUCAUUAUUCCAAACUCCUCCAAGGCUACAACGACUCUUACUUCGUUUACAGAAAUACGAUUUCAACUUCAAGUAUGUUCCAGGAAAACAGUUGAUCAUUGCUGAUACUCUAUCUCGGGCUCAUUUACCUCCGACAAAGCAACAAAAAGAAGAAAUUUGCGAGGAAAUUGAAACUUAUGUUCAUUCCAUGUUUAUACCAAGCAUUCCCAUUUCUAGAAACAUACUUCAAGACAUCAAAAAAGAAACAGCAAAUGAUGCUAUUCUAAGUGAAGCUAUUCGUCUUGUAAAAAGUGGUUGGCCUGAAAACAAAAAUCAGCUACGGAAACCAUUACAAGAGUACUGGAAGUUAAGAUCAGAACUUACAUGUGUAGACAGUUUGUUAUUGAUGAAUGAAAGAAUUGUUAUUCCAGAAGUAUUACAACCCGAAAUUUUGAGAUAUCUACAUGUUAGUCAUCUUGGAAUAGAGAAGACUAAAGCUCGUGCAAGAACUGUGGUUUACUGGAUUGGUAUGAAUCGAGACAUAACCGACAUGAUUGCUAAAUGUCAUACAUGUACAGAUAUGAGAAACAAGAAUCCAAAAGAGCCGUUAAAUCCGACGCCAGUACCAGAAGGUCCAUGGCAAGUGCUUGGUUCAGAUUUGUUCACGUUGAACAAUGAGGAUUAUUUGAUCGUUGUGGAUUAUUAUUCCAAGUUUUUUGAAGUAGUCAAUCUUGAGAACACUAGGAGCAAAACUGUGAUCACACAUAUGAAGUCCAUGUUUGCCCGUCAUGGCAUUCCUUAUGAAGUGCGAAGCGAUAAUGGUCCUCAAUAUACUUCCAAGGAAUUCAAAGAUUUCUCCAGAAGUUGGUGUUUCGAACACAAAACGUCGAGUCCAUAUAACCCACAAGGAAAUUGUCUUGCGGAGAAAACCGUUCAAACCGUGAAGAGAAUGUUAGAAAAAGCAAGGAUAGAUGGAAAGGAUCCAUAUAUCAGUUUACUAGAAUACCGGAACACGCCAGCAGAUGUUGAAUCUCCGGCAAAACUACUCAUGAGCCGACAACUUAGAUCAAUAUUACCAGUAACCAAAAAUCAACUGAAACCAAAAGUAGUGCCAGAUGACAUUACCAGGCAGAAGAGGAAAAUUACCCAGAAUCGUCAGAAAACUUAUUUCGAUGUUGGAAGCCGAAAACUGUCAAGUUUGUCGCCAGGACAAAGAGUUAGAUUCAGACACAGAGGACAGUGGCAACCCGGAUAUGUCAGGGAUCAAGUCCAUACCAGAUCAUACAACGUACAAGAUCAGAAUGGAGAUCAAUUUAGAAGAAAUCGAAGAGACAUCAUACAGUCAAAAGAAACCAGUUUUAAAGAACCAAUCGUUGAACUUGAUGACGAAGACGAAGAUACAGUGAGAGACAAAGAAACAAUUAAUUCAGAAGCUGGAAACCCGGACACUACAGAAGUUGAAGACGCGAGAAGUCCAGACAUUGUUCAGCAAGUGCAACCGUACAAAACGCGUGCAGGCCGAGAAGACACCAAGUACAGCAAUGGUGUUCACAGCCUGUCAGAGGAAUGCAUCUAG